AUGAUUUAAGCCAUAAAGACUAUGGCAUUUGCGGUGAUGAUAAUAAAACAAUCACUAUAAAUUAAUCUAGAACUAUUACUAUUAUUCAUUAUUAAUGUAAUUCAAAAAACGAACUUCUAUUUUUCCAAAUAUUUGAUAGGAAAAAGUAUUCACCAAUUAAAAUUUUUCCAAAUAAAAAAUAAGAAUUUACUGUCAUACUAAUAAAAUGCCAUUUUCAAACAAUAAAGGGCAUAUUAAUUUUUUAGAGGGACAAAAAUAGAUUUUGCGAUAAAAUUAAGGGUGACAAAUUUAUUAGAAGGUUUGAGAUAAAAAUGA